CCAAUAAUCGUCCUGUAAAUCUGUAAAAUUGGAAAAAUGCGAUCAGAGAUAUUAUAUGCUAUACAUGUGUUAAUGGCAAUAAUUGCUGGUGUAAGUGCAACAAUUCAAUCAGCGGCUGUAGCAAAACUUCAAGCUAAGGGAGGAAAAUCAUUUUCUGCUCUUGUAGCAACUUUAAUUGGAGCCUUUUUUAUAUUGAUAUAUUUUCUCAUCGAUUCAAGAUUACAGUCCCCGAACUUCAGAGAAGUAUUUAUAAAUGAACCAAUUUAUCCAUGGCUAAGUGGAUUACCUAUUGCAAUAAUUAUCUUAACUCUUAUAUUUACAGUUCCAAACCUAGGAGUUGCUGUUGUAUUAAGUGUCAUGGUUGCUAGUCAAUUAAUCUUUGCUUGUAUAAUUGAUCAUUUUGGUUUACUUGGUGUAACUGCAAGAGAUUUUACUUGGCAAAGGGGUAUCGGAUGUAUUAGUAUGGUUGCGGGUGUUGUACUUAUCAGUUUUUAUUAAUAUAAAAUGCGAUGGAUUAUGUUAUGACGAAUUCACUAAACAAAUGUAAUGUAAAUAUCUUAUUAGUAAUUCCUGAAUUAUUUGAUAUUUAGCAAUAAGCAAUUCUAUUAGUUCAGUGAUACUUAUGAUUAUUUGAAAACUUGAUUGGU